AACCUUAUCUAGAAGUCCCCGUUGAAUUUCAUAGUCAAUAAUUGGGCCAUGUAAUAUUAUGCCAAAUUGAUGAUGUUGGACCAUCCCCAACAUUGCAGAGAUAAGGCCUUCCAUGAGCAUCGAAUGAAUGAAUGGAGGAUAUUAUUUAAAUAGUGUGAAGUUACUUGGAAGUCCUUUCAUCCCAAAAAGAUCUGUGCGAGUCAUCAAAUAUUUUUAUCUUCACAUAUUUUAAAGAUUAUGGGUGUCUGGUUUGGUUAAAUACAGAAGAUUGUUUCUGUGGGUAUUCAUGUUUAGAGAAGAAGAAAAUAUUUGUUUAUUUGGGUACUUUGUUUCAGACUAUUUCCAAGAUCCUUCAUGUGGGUGUUUGGUUUUAGAGUAUAUGACAAGAUUUGGUGAGAGGGAGUCUUGUUUUAAAUAGAAUCCCUGUGAUUUGAAUUGAUUUGAUUUCAGAUUGCAGGUAGUGGGUCUAGAUAGGUGCAAAAUUGUGUUAAUACCACUCUGUAACUUUGUGAACUUGAAUCCAUACCGAAAAAUCUACCACAAACUUUUUGGAAAGGCGCUUGAAUUUUUUGGGUUUAUUGUGGCAAUGUCCCGGGAAGUCUUAAGAUCGUGUGAGAUUUGAGUUAGAAUUAAUCAAUUUGUAAGUGGAAAUCCACGCUAGAAGACUGAAUUGGGUCUGGGUCAGGCACUCACAACUUUUUUAUUCAUUGGGUUUCAUUUUCUGUUUCAUUUAUAGCUAGAAAUGGAGUUGCAGAGUUGUAUUGCAAUCAGAUCAGGACCAGGGCUAGCAAAAAACAUCAACAUUGAAUUUCAGCACAAAAAUUCGGUAAAAAUGGACCUGAAACUGGAAUUCCAGGGCUCCAGCUUAGGUCCCUCAUUGGAUUCAUCAGUGUGGGGAGAGCUUCCUGAGGAUUUAACAUUGAAUCUGCUCGCCCAUCUGCCCCUGCAAAGCCUUGUUCGUUUUCACACAGUCUCCAAGAAAUGGAGCAGCAUGUUGUCUAGCCCUUACUUUAUGAGCUUGUGGAAUGAUGCACGUUGGCAUCAGCCAUGGCUGCUUAUGUGUACACCCAAACCAGAGAUCCCCUGCCUUAUGUAUUCCUUUGCCACCAAUACAUGGCAGAACCUGUCUCUGUCUUUUCUACCAGAGGCCAAGUAUGGCAUAAAUUGCAAUGGCUCUGCCCGGGGUUUGCUGUUAGUGGAAGUCCCUAAUUUUUCUUUUUCUCUUAAUUCUGCAUCGCUCUAUGUAUGUAAUCCUCUGACAAAAUCAUGUACAGAAAUCCCCAUCGAUACUUCUAUCACUGCUGUUAUGGCAAAGGGCAUGACAGAGUCUGAAAAUGGGGGGUACUCUGUUUUGGCUUUGGGGAAAACCAGGGAAAAUUUAUGUGUUGUAGAGGUAUAUGAGUCCUCUAAAAAGUCAUGGAGGAUUGCAGGGAGUCUUCCUGAUGAGUUUUGCAUUAAGAAUCAGGACAUGGUUUUCUCCGGUGGUUUUCUGUUUUGUCUUACAGUGAAGCCCUGUGGGGUCCUGGUUUUUGAUAUCCAACAUGGAUUUUGUAGUAUAGUGGCAAUGCCUGUACAUGGGGAUGUUGUGAAGGGUGUGAGGCCUAAGAUAGUGGCCUGUGGAUCUAAGGUCUUUCUGGUGGAAGGCAUUGAGAAAGAGUAUACUGUAAAGAGUAUCAUCAUAUCUGAAAUUCAGAUGGAUGGGAAUCUCACAUCAACAGAAGCAACAAUGAGAACAGCAGCAGCAACAACAACAUCAACAUGGAAGGAGACUGCAAGAAUGCCAGAGGUGUUGCUUAUGGACUUCUUCAAGACGUCUUGUUCAAUAUGGUUUGAGUGUGUUGGAGUUGGAGAUUGUUUAUGUUUCAGAGCCCAUGGAAGUGUAGGAGUAGUUGUUUAUAAUGUCAAAAAAUCCACUUGGACUUGGCUUCCAAAGUGUGAUAACAGAUACAAAGAUCAUAAGCAUAUGUUUAUGAGGAGCUUGGCCUUUCAACCAUAGAGUCACUGAUCUGUGGGUACAGAGAAAAUUUUUGGUUUUUUCUUUUGGCUUCUUAAAUUUACUUUGAUGGUCAGCCUAUUAGUUAAACACAAAUCUACAAUCCUAAAGCAAUUUUAGGUUUUGGUAUGGUUAGCAAACAUUGUAACCCCUUUUAAGUGAGCUACUCUUGCAAUCUUAUUAUCAGUUGUUUCUGAUGGAUCACUGAGGGUGAUCUUACAUACAGAGUCUUUAUAAAACUUUACAGUUUACAGUUCAA